AUGUUAGAGCAGGUGGAUAGCAAUGAGGCUUCUCUGGAAGGAGAAGAUCAAGAAGCGUUUAAUCAAAUUGUCAGCGAAUUGGAGGCGAGGCCUCACUUAGCAUUCCCCCUUGCGCAAUGGAUGAUUCCAAACUUCACCUUUGCUCCUUCUGCAGCUGUCACUGGCAACGGCUCAAUUCGCUUCGUGGGUAACAUCCACCACCAAAACUCGCAGAAGGGCUACAGCUUCAUUCGGUCGAAAGGAGCAACCGAACAAUUUGGCAUGGAUGUGUUCCUUCAUUCAGCACAAAGGGGAAGUUUCCAACUAAAUGAUCAGGUAUGUUUCGCAGUAUUGCUGAACAAGGAUGGCAAACCUCAAGCUUUUGACUUGACUAAGCCAACCGAAGCGGACCUGAAACGGUGGAGCAAUGAUUCCGCCCCUGACACUCCAUCAGGCCCUGUUGAGGCUUGGGUUCCCGCCGGUGAAGUCUGGACACCCAAAGCAAGCUGGAACGCUCAGGAGCAGGCGGCUGCUUCGGGAGCAGAAAACAGAUAUACUGGCACGAUUUCAGAUUUCAAGCCUGGACUCUAUGGUUUCAUCAAAUGUGCCGAGCUUUUCGAGCAGACACAGCAAAACGUUUGGGUUCAUCACAAGCAGAUUCACAGCUUCGAAGUAGGCGAUACUGUGACAUUCACUGCUAUCACCAACAAGAACGGUCAACCGCAAGCUAUUGACCUAAAAAGUGCCAAAGGCCAUGUGGUACCAGCACGCCGACCAAUGCAGACAAGAUAUGUGCCUGCAGUUCCAAAGGCGGCAGGUGCAGAACACAAGACUGCAAGUCGUGAGAUUGGGGCACGAAAGCGACUGCAGCAAGAUCUCACUCCAGUUCAAGAUUCUGAUUUGGUUGGGAGUCGUCAUUGGGGAACCAUCACGGCUUGGAGGCCUGGAGGCAUGUAUGGCUUUCUCAAAUGUGAGAAGAUCUUUGCAGCUUUCGGGAAGGACUGCUGGGUGCAUCAUCAGCAGAUCGCUGGCUUUCGUGAAGGUGACUGGGUCAGCUUUACUUUGAUUCUCAACAAGGAUGGCAAUCCGCAGGCAGUCGACUUGAGUUCUACAGGCAAACGCGUUCGACAAUGA